AUGUCCCUACAAUUGCUUGCGCUUCCACCCUUUGGAAUCGGUUGGCCUGCCCGAUGCCUUUAUCCCUUGCAAGCAUGCAUCCGGACACCAGGGGCCAAGCCUACCACCGUGGAUAAAUCAAACAACAGCAUAAAAUACAGACAUCGAGACAGCGGCAGCGCAAACAAUGCGGGGGACCAGAACUAUACAUCGGGUAGAGGCGCCGAAAGCAGCUCAUCCGGAAAUCGCGACGAUAACGACAUACCCUCAGACAACAACGGCGGCACACCCGUGUCAAACUCGUCGCGAUCGCAACCACCUGGAGACACGGACCCCAAAAACCUGCAGUCGCCCCAACGCUCGUCUAACGAGCCCUCAGACCCGCUUAGCCUCGACACGCUCUCCUUCACUCUUUUCUCACAGCCCUUUCGGACACGCUUCAAGUUCUCCAUACCAUCAUUCUCUCAACAUUUCGAUGCACAAUGGCCGUUGAAGUAUAUCACCUUCGGUCCCUACUCCCCUCCACACCUGGAGCGCCAAGCACGCGACUGA